CAAAAGCAAGCGAGGGGAAAUAGAAAAGCAAAGGAAGAAAAGAAAUAACACGAAAGGAGGAAGAAAGGAAAGAAAAGAAAAGCAAUAAAGAAAGGGAAAAAGAGAGGAAACAAAAGAUAGAGAAGUUCUCAAAACUCCAUGAUUAUUCAAAUUCUUUCAAAAACAAGUCCAAACAGUGGUGUUCGCCCUACUUAAUCAAAGGAGGACCUCCAAAUACCCUCUCAAACAAAAGUGAAAGAGAAAGUGAAUUUUCUCUUUCUUUUCAUUUUUUCUUUGUAAUAAACUCAAAGGGAAUUAAGAAGGCAUGAAUAGAGGUGUUGUUCAAAGUUCACAGGUGCAACAAAUGAUGGCUGGAAACCCUAACUGGUGGAACAUCAAUAUCAAUAGCAUGAGGCCCCCUCCUCCACAAGCUCCUCCUUUCUUGUCCACUCCUUCUAACUUUCUUACCCCUUAUGCCCCCACUUCUUCUUCUUCUCCUCUUCCUUUUCCUUCUUGGCAUGACAAUAUUCAAGAGCUUCCUGAAUCAUGGAGCCAGCUACUCAUGGGUGGAAUGGUGGCUGAAGAAGAUAAGGUUGGUAUGGGACAGUUUCAGACUAAGAAGUUAGAGAACUGGGAGGAUCAAAUGCUUGGUCAAGAUCCAAAUGCUUCUCUUGUUGAUGUUAAACAAGAAAGCUCAGUUAAUAGCUAUGGAAAUGAAGAACUUCAGCCAUCAAAGCAUGCUUGGUCUCCAAAAUCAUCUGUGACAAGUUUCAGCAGCAACAUGUUAGAUUUCUCUAACAAUAACACGGAUGCGAGGCAUCCACCACCAGAUCGAUCUUCUGAGUGCAAUAGCACUGCAGCUGGUGGGGCACUCAAGAAAGCUAGGGUUCAACCCUCUACAACUCAGUCUACCUUCAAGGUUAGGAAGGAGAAGUUAGGUGACAGAAUUACAGCACUUCAUCAGCUCGUUUCCCCAUUUGGGAAGACUGACACAGCCUCUGUCUUGUUAGAAGCUCUUGGGUAUAUCAGAUUCCUUCAGAGUCAAAUUGAGGCCCUUAGCUUACCAUACUUGAGCAGUGGAUCAGGAAACACGAGGUAUCAACAUUCUGUUCAAGGAGAGAAGAAUUGUAUAUUCCCUGAAGACCCCGGUCAGCUGCUGAAUGAAAAUUGCUUGAAGAGGAAAGCAGCUGGAGAGCAGGAUUCUCAAGAAGAACUAAAGAAGGACCUGAGGAGUAGAGGGUUGUGUCUGGUUCCAGUUUCAUGCACACUACAAGUUGGAAGUGACAAUGGAGCUGAUUAUUGGGCACCUGCCCUCGGAGGGGGCUUUCGGUAGAUCAAGUUUACAAUUUGGGGCAGCAUAUACAUAUAAAUAUGGCAGCAUGCAGAGACAUAAAUUCAUGGAAAUGAUAUAACAUCAUGAGCAAAUCAAUCUGCUAAAAAAAACAAAGGCUGAUUGCUCAUGAUGCUAUACUUCAUUCCAGAAUAAAAUGUGUGCUAGCCAUGACAAGUAUUUUGCAAGCCCACGAGACUUCUUAAUUCAUGGAAAUCAUGCUCUUUUCUUUAUUUUCAUUAGCUUAAUUAAGAUGGUUGUGUUAAUUAAUGCACUAGAUUUCAGUGUAUAUCCAAUAU